GCUCUUCGGCUACCUGCACUAGUCAGCCAUCGUGUCUACAUAAGACGGGACUAUUGCAGUACGUGGGACUGACGUGGACGAGGACACUUUGAACACUGGGUGGAACGCACGUCUGCUGACUCAGGCGCUGAGAGGAUACAGAGGCGGAUCAGGGCAAAGGCAAAAAAGGACUUUGACCAGGAGGGAAAAGGCUCCGCCACUUUAGACCAAUGCCCUGAGACUCAGCUGAACAAGCCCCAUCACGUCAGGAGAAAUGCUCUCGGUGUCUGCAGGUAUCAGCCUGGUCCUGGCUUUCUGACAGACUCACCUGUGGGUGUGGGAGAAGGACGAGUGAUACAGAUUCACACAGCAGUGUCAUCCCAGGGAGGAUGGAACUUGGUUUCUGAGCCACCAUCGUCCUCCAGCUCUUGCCCCCAGUGGUGACCCCAGCACAGCAUCAUCUGAGUCUCCCAGGAUGCCACUUAAGACCUCCCUUUACAGGAAGUCGGGAUCGGCACAGUGGCCAAGGAAGCAGCAAAAGGGGCGGGUCCUGUCCGUCAACAUGAUCAGCCUGCCGCUGGGCGACUUCCGCCACCUGUCCCACAUCGGCACGCACGCCCACCGCGACAGCUUUGGGGACCUGUCCUUCCUGAAGAGAGGUCACAGCCUGUUCCUCCAGAGCUCGCAGAGCGAGCAGAACCUCUUCCUGGCCUGCUCGCUGCCCCCCAAGCCCCCCCGCCUCAACCUCGACGAGACGGACCCCCCAGCGAGCCCUGCCUGGGACAGGGCGGCUCUUUCCAGCGAGAGGCGGAAGAAGUGCAGCUCACUGCCCCUGCUGGACAGCGAGGACGGGGACGAGCCGCCCCCCGGGGAAGGGAGCAGCAGCACAGGGCGGCACAGCUUCUGUUCCGGCCGAGACACGGAGUCGAUGCAGACCGCCUCAGAGGAGCCCCCGGCCGAGGAGGACGAUGACGACUGCGCUUUCACACUCAACCUGGACCUAGGCCCAUCCAUCCUAGACGACGUUCUGCAAGUGAUGGAGAAGCUCCACCAAUGAAAACGGCAGCACUUCCCAUUUCCUCAUUUAACAGGGAUGGUGAGUCCUUUCAAUUUCAUGACAGAAAAGACGGAGAAACAUUCAUAUAAGAACAGCCACAAGUGAUCGUCUUUCCUCAACAGAGUAUGAACUAUAGGACAUUCAAUUAGCUCUGUUCUCUUAAUAAACUGACAAAAGCCAUUGCUGGAUUGACAAAAAGAUGGACAGACACUCAUCCUUUGCUGCGUGACCCAGUCGGUAACUCAUAAUGGAUACAUUUCACUGGAGGACUUCUGAUAUAUUGGGACAACGUUACAUAACAGGUCAAUUGACUCAUGGCCUGCACUGAGAGAGUCCAUUUUGUUGGUAAUCUGCCAAAUCUGUUUAUACUUCCUGUCAGCACUGGGCACAGAGACAGUAACAAAUUCCCCCAUCAAGCUAACUCUCUUUUUACAUUUGUAACAAUGGAAGAUUAUUUACACAGGGGCAGCCAUAAGAAUAUCCAGGCACUCAAUGUUAUCCUGACAAGAGUUCUUUCUGGAUGGAAUUUGGACCAAUAAGAUGAGAAAGGGAGCCUAUCAUUUCAAUACUGUUAUUGUAUAAAUGUUUGUGAGCUUCACAGUGUAUUGUGUCUUAUAACAGAUAGUUCCAGACUUGGGCUAAGUUUUACUAAAAAUUUAAUGUUCCUUUCUUCCUUAUUCUCA